UAAUUUGACAGUUUCUUCUGUAUACGAAAAAUAUAACUCCGCCGUGUUCACCUAUCGCCGGCGACGCGUACUAAUUGUGAGAGAUUUUAUGUUGCGUCGCGACGACGUGUAAAAGACAUCAUACUUUCUGCGACUUCGUAACCAAAAUAGCAACGUCUCUGCUUACGUACGGUGCAGAGGGCUAACUAUAAUUACUAUACUGAAAUCGAUUGAUUGAAGACAAUUGGUAUCUUAUAUAAACCUAUUCCCUCUUCCUCUCCUCUUUGAAGUGUCUAUAUAAUUUCAUAUUGAAAUACUUUGAUUAAUCUCGAACAAAGAGUACGCGGCUGCUUCUCACAGCAGCUUGAAUCAUUUCAGUGCAGGACACCCAUCUAAGAAAAUCUGCACAUCUGUUUCGCACUUUUCGUUUGAGAAUGUAUUCGUAUAUAAGCACUGCUCCUCUCUGGGAAUAUUUGUGAGCUUACUUUCAGAGAUACAAUAAAUUUUCAUUAUUAUCUAAAUGUUUCGUUGUCGUCGAGGCAGAUUGUGGAAAUUUGAGAAAGUGUCUUAGAAGUAAUACCUAAAUGUAAGUGUUAUGUACAAUGUUGGGAAAUAAUCGUAAAACGACUGUGUGUGUUCUCUGAUAGUGAGGUGCACGUGAGAUUAGAUCAAGUCGGAGAUUAUAAACGGCACGUACGUAGCAAACGGCAAGUAUUGACACGUUGAUAAGCAAUAUACGAUGUUUGUCGGGUUUCUUUAAAAAAAAAUGGAGCAAAGUGCGAAAUAUUAUUUCAAGAAUAGAAUAAAUUAGAUCGAUUUGACUAGUACCGUACGCUACAAACUAUUCAUUCUUAACUGGUGAAGUGGUGAUAAACACUAUGGCUACAUUAACUGCAGCGGAUUAUGUAGUGAUUGGUGUAGUAAUGCUGAUCAGCUCCGGCAUCGGUGUAUAUUAUUGGCUCGUCGGUGGUCGACAGAAGUCGACUGAGGAAUAUUUUAUAGCAAACAAGUCAAUGCGAAUGAUACCGGUAGCGAUAGGCUUGAUGGUUUCAUAUUUAUCAGCAGUCAGUCUACUCGGAGUGAGCUCCGAAAAUUACGUGUAUGGUACACAGUACGCUGUGAUCAACAUCGCUUAUGGACUCGCGACACCAUUUGCAGCCUAUUUCUAUUUACCGGUGUUUUUCAAGCUAGGCACUAUGAGCGCUUUUGAGUAUCUGCAGAAGCGUUUCGGCACGACUACCCGCUUAAUAGCCAGUUUUGCCUUUUUUCUCCAAUUGCUACUGUACAGCGGCGUGGUGUUGUAUGCACCUGCGUUGGCCUUAGAAGCCACCACGGGUAUUUCAACGACCGCAAGCGUGAUUGGUUUAGGACUCGUCUGCACUUUCUAUUCAACGAUCGGAGGUAUCAAGGCGGUACUUAUCACCGAUAUUUUCCAAAGUCUAUUAAUGCUGGCCGCCGUUGUCACAGUUAUCGCCACUGCCGCUGUUGACACUGGUGGUCUAGAUCGAAUUUGGCAGAUCGCCGGAGAGGGAUCUCGAUUGGAAUUCGAUAACAUCUCUCUGGAUCCAACUGUACGACAUACUUGGUGGAGUUUGACACUUGGUGGUUUCUUUACUUACCUUUCCUUGUACAGCGUUAAUCAAGUUCAGGUUCAAAGAAUGCUGACUGUCAGCAAUUUAGCAGUCGCUCAACGUGCAUUAUGGUGGAGCUGGCCGAUGGCGUCGAUCAUGUCGCUUACUCUGUGCUUCUCUGGACUGGCGAUGUACGCGAAAUAUCGUAGCUGCGAUCCACUCGAGGAGGGCAGAAUCAGUUCGAAUGAUCAACUGAUGCCGUUGUACGUGAUGGACAUGCUGUCGGAUUAUCCAGGUGUGCCUGGGCUUUUCAUAGCCGGAAUUUUCAGUGCCGGACUCAGUACCAUCUCGGCCACGGUUAAUUCCCUCGCCGCUGUUAUUCUUGAAGAUUAUAUCAAGCCUCUCUGGCGUGUAAGAAACAUGGACCUAUCUGCUACGGCGUCAAUAAUCAUAAGCAAAAUUUUGGCUCUUGUAGUUGGACUAUUGUGUGUGGCGGUCGCUUUUCUGGCAAAAUAUCUUGGUGGAUUGUUGCAGGCGGCUCUGACGAUCUUUGGUGUCGUAGGUGGACCUAUGUUGGGUUUAUACACGCUCGGCAUGUUUCUCCCAUCGUGCAACCAAAGGGGCGCGAUCGCGGGCUUCGUUCUUAGUCUCAUGUUUUCUUUGUGGAUAGGAUUCGGACAGCCGAAACCACCGAUUCCACGACUGGAUGUCUCAACAGACGGUUGUGGAUUCAACAACACUAUUAUGUAUCGCAGAAGCGUAGAAGAGAAAUCAAUAAUUUACACAAAUUUACACUACGAGGCCCAAGUGGAGGAAGAUAAGUCCUAUUUCUACCUCUAUCGUAUAUCCUAUAUGUGGUACUGUCCACUGGGAUUUCUCUUAGCAAUGAUCACAGGAUGCAUCGUCAGCUGGAUCACAAGAUGGAUUUUUAGAGAAGCCCAGAUCGAAAUCGAUACUGCUUUGCUAAGUCCAAUUAUAGCAAAUCGAAUACAACGAAAACGAGAAGCGGAUAAAUAUAACAACACGAUAAAAUUCGAUAAAAGUUGACAGCCUCGUUCUUGGGGGAAAAAAUUGAGAAAAAAGGAAUUUUAAUGUGCUACAUUUGUAAAAGCACAUAACUAUUUAUAUAUUUCGCACACACAUUAAUUUCAUGCAAACUUCAAGAAAAAUACUUGUGAUGAUAUGUAAAUAAUUAAUGUGUUAUAAAAACAUAUUUGUAACCUGGAGCAUUUAUUGAUAAAUCUUGAACUUUCUUUCGUAAAAUUUGACCGCAGUAAUAUCAAAAAAGUAGUGAAUUUAAAUAUAAAAAUUCAAAAAAUUAAAACACCUAAAUUAUUUACAUAUUCCACAUAACUCUAGUAUGACAAAUUAAAUUUGAAAAAAUUUUCAUAUUUUACUUUUCUACGUAUUUCUACUGUUUCGAACUUUUUGUUAAAAAGAAAGGGUAGAACUUUAAACUAAAAAAAAAUAUUUGCACAAAAUAAUUGCAAUUAAAUAAAAUAAUUACGUAAUGCGCCAAUGUUUCUCUAUGUAAUCGAGAUCAAAUAUUUUUAUGGAGGCCAGAUUGGGGCGAUUUCAUACCGCGUGAAAAUUCCAGCUGGGAGCCCCGCGACGUACAGACAUAAACACCACGGACUACAAACUGCGCGCGCUGUACACUUUACCGAAACGUUCGCAAAUCACGAUGGAAUGCCGCCAGACUGGUGUAUACGCGCGCGCGCGCGCGCGCGAGCUAUACGGUGACACACAGAGCAAACGCAAGCAAUGACCUGCGUCAUGCAGUUCUUACGUAAGGAAAUACCACUGAAAUAACGUCGGCGCCGAAAUGGAGAAUUUCAAAAAUCUAUGUCGGCCGAAGAAAAGGAAUUGUAAAAAUUUCUCUUCUAAGUGUGAUUACUUUUCAUAGCGUGCCAUGCGUGUUUUUGUUGAUAGUAUACUGUGCGUCUGUACGUGAAUCACGUGGCCGGUAACAUUUUCCACAAAGACUAGAGAAAUUUUCGGAUAAUCUCCGGAAUCCCCUUCACAGAAUACCGUUUGUGCACCGAGAGGGAAAAAACUGUUGCAAUAAUUAUAAUAUCACUAUAAUUUAUGGUCAUUUUUGUACCCAAGUAGACGGAGAAAAUUUUAUGGUAAAAAUUACUGUGGUAAAUAUUAGUAAGUGCGGACCAAGGAAAGAAUUAUGAAAAUUUUUAUUAUGUUUUUCAUCAAAUUAUUAUAUAGUAUUUACACUACUUAUGGCAUAAAAUUCUUUGAAAUUCCUUCUUAUGGUCCGUGACUAUUAUCUUACACAGUAAUUUUUAAUAUAAAACGUUCUCCGUGUAUAUUUUUAUUCAGCAAUAUAAAUUAUAGUUUGUUAAAACCAUAUUAAAAUUCUCAUAAUAUUAAUCUGUCCAACUUAUAACACGGUUACCAUAAUUAAAAUGGAGAUUUUUAUACGCUAAGCUGUACUAUAAGACAAUCAGUAUAAGCAUCACUAUAAAUAUAUAGUUAUUAUUACCAAUAUUAUAGUAAUAAUUACUGUAAAAAUAAUAUUCCCGACUAUAAUUAUUUUACUAAUUAUAGUCGCAAAUAUCACAUAUUUCUUUCUCAGCGUGAGGGAUUCCAGAGAUCACUUUACAGCCGGUUUCCCGCGUUUUCCUCCUUCUCACUCUGAAGACUCACUAACUCGUCGCAAUAAGCUGCGUCUAUCGUGACGCUGGUGUGAAUUGAAAACACGUUCCUCAUAAUCAAAGAAGAAAGCAAUCAAACGAAUAGCGUGAAUGGAAAAAUAAAAAUGUAGUUCAAGAGCUGUCAGGCGCGAAAUGGCUACCGGAGUUUUAUGCGUUUCUUGCGAGAAUGCGUUGCUCAUUUUUGUCUUUCGAUUUGAAUUAAAAUUAAUUUGUCGUGUACCACCUACCUACAUUGUAAUAACAUUUGUUAAUUCGAAAAAUAGCAUUUUACGCAAGUACACAUAUCAAAACAACUGUUAGCACAUUUUGUUUUUAAUAUUCUGGUUGAGAUGAAUUAAACAGCGAGAGAAAAUAGUUGCAGUAAUCUUAAUAUUACUAUUAUAUAAUUUGUAAUAAUUACUGUAAAUUUUUGGAACUAAUUAUAUUUUUACAGUUAUUCAAUAUAAGUAAUAUGGUCUAUACAACUUUUGACAUGAUCGCCAUAACCAAAAUGGAGAUUAUAAGUUUUUAGAUUAUUGUAAGUUAUACUCUACAAAACAAUCACUAUAAGCAUAUAGUUAUUAUUGCCAAUAUUACAGUAAUAAUUACUACAAAAAUAAUAUUCCUAACUAUUAUUCUACCACUACUCUACUGUACAAGUAUAGUCGUAAAUCUCACACAUUUUUUCUCGGUGAAACAAAUAAUAACCUUAAUAUUAAAAUCUGAAUUACUUUCUCGAGUCACAAAUCUUAUGUAUGACAUUUAGCAAAUUUAUUAUUCUUUUUUAAUGAAAAGAACGGUCAAUAAAAAUCAAAUAAAGUUUAUUAAAAAACA